AUGGAGAAAAAUGCCCCAGAAUCAAAGGUCAUUGCGCUGGCCACGAUGCCACAACAAGCCGGCGUUCGAACCGCCGAAGAUGAUUGGACGGGUGUUAUAAACCCGAAGGAGCGAAGGAAACUACAGAAUCGGCUGAACCAACGACGCUACCGGAUGAGAAAACAUGAUCCAUCAGGAUCACAUGCUUUGGGUCAGGUUAAUGCUGAGACCUCAUUCUUCAAGUCACCUUCGACGGUGUCUUUCCCCUUCUUCUCAAAUGCGACCCAGGAAGGAUACGAUGUUAUAUCCGAAUGCGCCAUCGCGCCACCACAUGCACUUCGCUUUCGGGAAUGGUUUGAAGCUACAGCCUACCGAAGCUAUUUGCAUGGAAGUCCUCAAAGAGACCAUCUAAUAAGUCUCAGCCGAGUCAAUGUUCAUCGCGCCAUCAAUGAAAAUAUUGCUGCUAUAGGGAUGACCGCUGAUUGGAUGAAAAGUGACGAUUCCAUUUCCAUCUUCAAUCUCACACAACCUGGCUUUACGGCCGAGGGGAUACCACCUAGCUUGCAGCCGACUGCUGUCCAAAUUCAAAUACCGCACCAUCCCUGGCUGGACUUCUUUCCAUUCCCAGGCAUGCGUGACCGUUUGAUCCUGGCUGGUGAUUCGUUUGAUGAUGAUGACUUAUGUCAUGAUCUUAUGGCUUUUUGGGAUACGAGGAACACUGCUGCGACAUUACUGGUAUGGGGAAAUUCAUGGGAACCGAAGAACUGGGAGGUCACUGAGAACUUUGCGCAUAAAUGGAAGUGGCUGCUUAUUGACUCGCCCGGGCUAUUGGCUUCAACAAAUAUUUGGAGGAAGUCGAGAGGAGACAAGCCCCUAAAUUGGAGGGAAAUUCUAAAAUAA